UUUAUGUAGCGAACGGUAUCUGUGUUGUACUACGAUGACGCCUCUGUGUCCGGAAGUAGCCAUCAUUUCCCGAAAGGCCUGGGGUGCCCGAGAUGUCCGCGUGACGGAGAUGGAUAUGCUGCCGCAACCUGCCACCUGCAUGGUGUUUACGCAUUCGUAUGGCGCUCGCUGUUUUGAUGCCCGCAACUGCUCCCUGAUCACUCAGGCCAUGCAGACGUAUAAUAUGGACACCAAUAAAAGGCCGGACAUUUUUUAUAACUUCCUGAUUGGUUACGAUGGUUCGGUCUUCGAAGGAAGGGGCCGGACUUACAGGCCGACGGUUAACUGGAAGUACAAUGCCUACAGUUUGGGAGUCGCUUUCAUUGGGAAAUAUCCUCCAUCCGGGGACGACUUCACUAAACUGUCGUAUCAAGCCGCGGUAUCGGCCAGUGCCUUGCUGCAGUGCGCGCGCUCGCAAGGCUGGUUAGAUGCCAAUAAUCACUCUGUGACGACAUUUCGCAUUAACCCCAUCAUGCGCAAGUAUAUACUGAACCCCAGUCUACUAUUACCGCUUCAGGUUCCGGCACAACCGGCAAAAGAACCUCAAGCGUUCCGGGAUGGGUUCAUCGCGGGAUCGAUCAUGGCGCUUCUAAUUGGUCUAAUCCUUCUUUGUGUUGUCUACUGCCGCGGCAAACAACAACGAGAAAAUUACAAGCAUUUCUGCCGCGCUGCCAAUUAUCGAGAAGAACUUCUGAAGACGGUCCCAUCGGAAACUGUGGAUUACUUUACGAUACCACGACGUUCAAUCGAUAUAAAGGAUGAACACUUGGGAAGUGGUCGAGACGGACAUGUUUUUGUGGGUGCCCUGCACUCCAAAGAACUGCGGCGCUCCAGUUGGUCUUCCACCGACACAUCGGUCGCAUUGCCCGUAGCCGUGAAGAUGUUGCGGGAAUUAUCCGCAAACGGGCCAGCGGCAAGCGCGUUUCUUUCCGAGAUGGCCGUCCUGAUGAAAGUCGGGCGACAUACCAAUAUUGUCAAUCUGGAGGGUGUUGUCCUACAAGGCAAACUCAUGAUGGUUAUGGAACACUGCGAACUGCUGUCCUUGGACUGCUACUUGCACACUCUGCGAACUUCGACUGAAUCUGUACAAUCCGAACCAUAUAGCCAAGAUCCGAACCAUCAAGCCUCAACAGUCAUCGUACAGGAACUGAACAGUUUCGUUUAUCAGAUCAGCCGUGGCAUGGAGUUUCUCUCCAAUAAAAGCAUCAUUCAUCGGGAUUUGGCUGCGCGCAAUGUGCUGCUAGAUGCGCAGAAGACUGCCAAGAUCGCCGAUUUCGGGAUGGCUAAAGAGCUUCCUGUGUACACUUUAGAACGCGACAAGGUUCCUUUGCCCGUCCGCUGGCUAGCUCCUGAGUGCCUGCAGCCAAAUCGUGCCGUAUUUUCCACCGCUAGCGACGUUUGGUCCUUUGGGGUGAUUGUCUGGGAGAUAUUCACGUUUGGUUCAGAGCCGUACGCUGUGGAAUUCCCGAACGGUAUCCUGUAUGAUCAGCUGUGCGAGUUCCUACGGCAAGGCUCUCGCCUGAACCUUCCAGAAAUAUGCCCCACCGAAAUACGUCAAAUGGCUAUGGGAUGCUGGGAGUUUGAACCGGAACGGCGUCCAAGCUUUUCCACCAUUCAUCGUCGGGCGGAGGCUGUUUUGCCGGUAUCUACCAAGGAUGUCUAUGUCACUUGUGAUGUAGAGAGCUGCACGCCAAAUGAUCAGUCUGAAACGUUACGCGUGAUCUUGAAUAGCGAAAUGCCGGUUAUCAAGAUUCAGUCGCUUUAAUAAAAUAGUGUUGCGACAGUUAUUCUAUGCUGCAUAUAGCAGCUGAUCG